AUGAGUAGAACUGGAACGAUAUCAGAGAAAGAUGCGCAAUUGAUGGAUUUGAACAAUCAACUGUAUGUUAUGGAAGUGAAUCUCAUGAAGUUAGAAACAGAACUGAAAAAUGCGAACGAUCAUUUGGAUGUGGAACGCGAGUCGAAUAAAACACUUCAGAAUGCACUCGAUGAGCUAGAAGAGAUGCUUGGACAGAAGAAUGCGGAAUUGAUUGAGUCAAAUGAGAACGCUAUCAAAGCGAAUUCGAACGCGCAAUUGCACAAAGAGACGGUGUUUGAUUUGGAAACCAAAUUAACAUUACAAGGUCGCGAACUGAAAGAUACUCGAUCUAAACUGUUGAGUUUGAAGUCAAAAAUUAAGCGAUUGGAGAAAGAAAGUUCUGAAUUAUUACCUGGAAGUAAGUUCUCAUCACCGCAAUCAACGCCGACAACAACGAACCUCACAUCGCCAGAUUCAAUUCCAAAAACAUCUUCAGUCUGA